UUCUUUAUUUAUGGACGAAUCAUUAACGUCUAAAAGAUUAGCUCUCCAGACAACAUAGACGUUUCUAAAACUCUAACAGCAAGAGUCGUUGUAGUAUAGUGGUAAGUAUUCCCGCCUGUCACGCGGGUGACCCGGGUUCGAUCUCCGGCAACGGCGUUAAUUUUUUUGGUUCCUUCAUCAAAAUUUUUUUUCUUCCUUUCUUCUUUAAAUCGGAGUCAAAUCUGAGUCACACCGAAUCGAAUCUAACGGAGAAGAAUCCAAAAAAAUGACGACGAGCAUUCACAUCACAGCACUCGACGGAAUCGUGAACGUGAACUCCCUCUUCACCCUCGCCGUCUUCGUCGGAUUAGCCUGGAACCCUUCCGACCCCUCCAACAGCCUCGUAACCGACCCGAACUGCACCCCGACGACCCGAAUGGCCGAGAAUCUCGUCGCCUUCCACGUCUACUCCUUCGCAUCCUUCUUAUUCUCAAGCCUAAUCGCCUUGGGACUCAAACAGGCGAUGCGGCUCAACAUCGCGGCCUCGUUCCCUCACUUCUCGGCGCGGAUCGAUCCGGUGGUUUAUUAUGUGAACAAGACGGCGCUGAGAUUCGGGAUGGUUGUAUCCGGUUUGGGAUCGGUUAGCGGGUGUGGUUUUUUGAUGUUGGCGUUGGUUAAUGUGGUUCAGAUUAAGCUGGGGAGUUUCGGGUGUGGGGGGAGUGGGCAUAGUUAUGCGGCGGUUGUGCCGCUUUUGAUUUUGGUUCCUUCUGCGCUGUUUAUUUAUGUUUCGCUUAUGCUUUAUGCUUUUACUCGUUAGAGAGAGAAAUAAUGUUUUUGUAACUCUGCAAAUAGGAACACAUGUUUUGUAAUUUUGAAUGAUGUGAUUGAG